AUCGACAGUGAGUGGUCGACGUUAGUUAUCGUUCUCCAUCCUGCUCGCUCGCGAGCGUACAAAAAUUAAGGUCCUGGUUCGCAGUAACUCCAUGCUCGUCGCGAGACCGGCGGAAAGCCGGAAAGGAGUCCAAGAGGCAGCAGUGGCAGAAGAGUUGCUUUGAAACGCUCGAUAGGAGGGAGUUUCUUGAUCAGCAGUUUUCUUAAAAAUCCAAAAGAGAAUAUGAGGCUUACGGUAGCCAUAGCCAUCAUAUUUGGAAUUGUUUUAGGUUUCUUUGGUGGAAUUUCAUUCCCAUCAUCGAAUGUAGCAAAGCUCCGCUUGAAUAGUAGCAUCACGCCAUAUAUGGAGGACCGGAAGUCAGGCCUUGAAACUCAAGCAUUGUUGAGCCAUACUUCUGCUUCAGCACAUAGUCACAACAGGAACGAUUCAUUACCACCUUAUGACGAUUCUCAAAAGAUCUACAUUCCUACAAAUCAUCGUGGUGCAGAAAGACUUCCACCAGACAUAAUAGUAUCCAAGUCAGAUCUCUAUCCACGAAGGUUAUGGGGCAAUCCAAGUGAGGAUUUGCAGAUCCAACAGAAGUUCCUUGUGACUUUCACAGUUGGAUAUGACCAAAAAAAAAAUAUUGAUGCGGCUAUUAAAAAGUUCUCCGAGAAUUUUACAAUCAUGUUGUUCCAUUAUGACGGUCGGACAAGCGAGUGGGAUGAAUUUGAGUGGUCAAAGAAGGCAAUUCAUGUCAGUGGAAGAAAACAAACUAAAUGGUGGUUUGCGAAGCGCUUUCUACACCCUGAUAUCGUGGCCCCAUAUGACUACAUAUUCAUUUGGGACGAAGAUCUUGGAGUCGAGCAUUUUAAUGCCGAAGAAUACAUUAAGUUGGUAAAGAAACACGGCCUAGAAAUUUCACAGCCUGGCUUGGAGGCAAACGAACAUUUAACAUGGAAAAUGACACAGAGGAGAAGGAACAAAGAAGUCCACAAGGAAAGUGAGGAGAAAAGUGGAUGGUGUCCUGACCCUCAUCUUCCUCCAUGUGCUGCGUUUAUUGAGAUAAUGGCGCCUGUUUUUUCCCGAGAGGCCUGGCGUUGCGCAUGGCACAUGAUUCAGAAUGAUCUGGUUCAUGGAUGGGGUCUUGAUUUUGCACUUCGAAGAUGCGUGGAGUUUGCUCAUGAACGUAUCGGCAUAGUUGAUGCACAAUGGAUUGUUCAUCAAGGUGUUCCUACACUUGGAAAUCAGGGCUUGGCACAGAAUGGAAAAUCGCCACGGAAAGCGGUGGAAGAUCGGUGCAGAGAGGAAUGGAGAAUGUUCCAAGAUCGAAUGGCAAGUGCAGAGAAGGCAUAUUUCGAAACCCAUGCAAAGCCGUAGCUAUUCAGUGUUGAUUAUUAUCUUUAAUUAGUUUAGAUUUAAUUAUAAGUUGUGCAUAUAUAAGUACAAACCGAAUUCAUUAAUGUGAUUUAACUUAGGUUUUUUAGGUUUCAAUGUUGGAAUUGUUGGAUGUAGAUUUUGUAUGUAUAGAACCUAUAAUUCCGCAUCUAGUAGUAUAUAUGGACUGAUAAUAGAUGUCCACUAUAUAUAGGGUUGGUUCCAAGGAUUUAGAGCAUCAUUUUGCCACAACUUAUGAUUCCCAUUAGAUAGUUUUUUGAUGUUGUCAACCCUAAACUCUUUGGAAAACAUUCCUUUUGCUUCC